GGCAGAUCCAAAGGGACAAGUGGGGCAGAGAAAGGGGCAAGUGGACGAAAUACAGUUGACACCACAGAACGCUAAAGAGAGAGAGAGAGAGAGAGAGGCGUGAAAAAUGAGAAAUACAGGAAGCUACUACAUAUAUAGAGAUGGGGCAACCGACUUUGGAAGCUUGAUAACUUUUACUUGUGUUUUUACCAAAGCAAAAAUGUACUACAAUCUUUCAGUCCUGUACCUAUGAUUCCACCAUUUAUGCAAAGAGCUCGGCGACAACACAACCUACGUACAUACCACUUCCAGUAAGUCCACUCCUUUCAGCAUGGAUAGCUAUGCCGACGGCGGGGGACACCGUUGGGAGGAAGACCCCUGGCAGAGCAGUACUCAGAAAGGCACGCUUUUAGCACUGCCUAUGGCGCCGCCGGAUGAGGAGGAGGGGGACGGGGAGGAUAACGAAAGAGGCAAGAAACUUCCAUCUUCUAGAUACAAGGGAGUGGUACCUCAACGAAACCGCAAAUGGGGAGCUCAGAUAUACGAGAAGCACUUGCGGGUGUGGCUGGGAACCUUCCGGACGGAGCUGGAGGCGGCCGUGGCCUACGACGUGGCCGCGCUCAAGUUCAGAGGCAGGGAAGCCAUCACCAACUUCAGCGCGGCCUGGGAGGACCCGCACCAGGCCCGCUUCCUGGAAGCCCACUCCAAGGAUGAGAUUGUGGACAUGCUCAGGAGGAACGUCUACCACGAUGAGCUGUCGACGGCAAGGAAGGACGGCAGCGCGGCGGCCUCGUCGGCAUGGGCGAAGCGGGCGUCGUUGGCGGCCGGAGCCACGGUGAUGAAGGAGAUCUUCGACAAGGUACUGACCCCUAGCGACAUAGGGAAGCUGAACAGGCUGGUGAUCCCGAAGCACCACGCGGAGAGGUUCUUCCCCAUCGACGCGGGCGAGGGCGUGGUGCUCAACUUCGAGGAUGAGGUGGGUAAGAUCUGGAGGUUCAAGUACUCCUAUUGGGCCAGCAGCCAGUGCUAUGUCUUGACCAGAGGGUGGCGUCGUUUCGUCAUGGAGAAGGGACUCCAGGUUGGGGACGUAGUAAUCUUUUCGAGGUCUGCAGGGCCUGAACAGCUGAACUACAUUGGCUGGAAGCACAGUGAUGACGACGCCAUGGUCGAGCAGGAGGAUGGCUGCCGACAUUGCUCUGCCACCAGGCGACCGCCGUCGCCGGUGGUCCAUCCAUUGGUACUGCCGAGGCCUGAUCAGUCGGUGAAGCUCUUUGGGAUUGAUCUCUCUUCCGGCCCACUUAAUUAGCGCACUUGAUAUUCAGAUGAUUUGGAGUUGAAGCGAGGUCAGCUCCCAAUGUCUCUUCCCGCUGUUUCUUUGUUGAAUAAUAACUAUUUGUUGGUCGCAAGUGAUGCAAUUUGUACGAUAAGAAUUUCUUGAUUUGGAGAUCGACCGAUUCUUUUCA